GCACGGGGGUGACCAUCUUCAAUGAGAGCUCACAUAGAUUUAUUGAAUGUGUGUGAUCGAUCUCAAUUGAGCAAAUGUCGCUAGAUUGGUUGGGAGCACCAUUCUUGUUGCGUUCCUUCCACUACUUCUCCCGAUCGUCAGCGUCGAAACCGCGCUGCGCUCGCCUUCCUUUCUGCUAGGUGGAUGAAGCCUUUCAGAAAGUAUUCACUGUGAUUGUUUCCGGCUCAGCACCCGCUUGAUUCUGGCAUAAUGGCCGCAGACCGAGUAAUGGAACAGGAUGGUGUCAGAGUGGCUGUUGAAGGAUGCGGGCACGGCACACUUCAUGCAAUCUACGCCUCGAUCGAAGAAGCCUGUCGCGUCAAAGGAUGGGAUGGUAUUGAUCUACUCAUUAUCGGUGGUGAUUUCCAGGCUGUCAGAAAUCAACAUGACCUGAACGUCACUUCAAUGCCCCAAAAGUACCGCAAGAUGGCCGAUUUCCACGAAUACUACAGCGGCACCCGGACUGCGCCAUACUUGACGAUCUUCAUUGGCGGCAAUCAUGAAGCCAGUAACCAUCUCUUCGAACUCUACUAUGGGGGUUGGGUCGCACCAAACAUUUACUACCUUGGAGCCGCUAAUGUCAUCCGCCUUGGACCCCUGCGUAUUGCUGGCCUGACUGGGAUCUGGAAAGGGUACGACUACCGCAAACCUCAUUUCGAACGACUCCCGUACAAUCGCGAAGAAACAGGAAGCAUAUACCAUGUUCGAGAACUGGAUGUCAGAAAGCUGUUGGCUCUACGAUCGCAAGUCGACAUAGGUCUUUCACAUGACUGGCCUCAGGGCAUUGAAAUGCAUGGAGACUACGAAUGGCUCUUUCGGAACAAGAAAGGGUUCGGAGAGGAUUCCAAGAAUGGCAAGUUGGGCAGUGUUGCAGCAAGACAAUGUUUGGAUCGACUAAGACCUCCAUAUUGGUUCUCUGCUCAUCUCCACACAAAAUUCACCGCUAUACUGGAUCAUGACCAAGAAGACUCCUUUCGCAAAAUGACCGAGAACAAGCGGAGUGGCCGUCGAGACCCCAUGUCAGAGGAUCGGCCUCAGGUCUCCGCGUGGCAAGAGUUUCAAGAUACCGCCAAACUAGCCGAUGCUCGGGAAAAGGAGGAUUUCCUCCUAGAGAAAGAGAACCAGCGCUUGGAAGCAGAAAGAACCGGUGCUCUACCCACCGCGAAAUACACAUUCGAUGAGACAUUCAGCAAAAUUGGAGCUGGAGACGCCCUCGAACGCAAGGUCAUCUCUACCACACAUCACCAGGUCGGGUCGGAUGGAGAAGAGAUACAUGUCCCCAUAUCCAAUCUCGACGGCUGCGGCUUCUCUCGACCGACUAAGCGACAGCGGCUUGAUGAUGGACCAGAAAAUGCUGGUAGUAACCACCAGCAAACCUACGACACUUUUAUCCCACCAUCUGGAUUGCAGGCCAAUGGGAACCGUGACAGUAUUACUGCUCAGCCAAAAGUGGCACUCGAUAACCCAGAUGCUAUCGACAUCGAUAUGAGCGACGACGAUGAGCCGGCUGUUUCAGCUGACAAGGGAACAAUCACUUCCAAGACGGACGUCCUGCCGAUUUCUCGGGUGGACGCUCGAAGCACUGCCUCUGAUGGCAAACUCAAGCCACCACUCAUGUCGCCGACCUCUUCUGACAGAAGUGAAGGUGGUGGCGUCAAGUUGAGUCCAAUGACAGCGUCCUUUGCCUCCACCCCGAGUGUUAGGAUAGACAAAGGUGCGGAGAACGGUUCUCUCACAGCAUCCAGGAAAUCAUCGAACGCAAGUCUAGAUGAACAAGCAAAGGCCCUCGAGGCGCAAUCAUCCUCAACAGCGGGUGAAAGCGUCAAGACCAUCCCAACGCGAUCGACAACCGUUGUUGACCCCGAGAGCGAAGUGUCAGAGGACAUGCGAGCGCAGUUGGCUGCCCUCUCAAGCAAUUUUACGCAAGAAGAAAAAGUUGAAGUCUCACCAGCACUGCCUUUCCCAGAAGCAAUCCUCAACAAGAAGACGGAAUUUCUUGCUCUAGGUAAAUGCGAACCAUACCAAGAAUUUCUCCAGCUUCUCGAGGUCAAGUCUAUCACCUCACCGCAGGAAAAAGUCAGCCGUCCACUGAAACUAUCAUACGACCCGGAGUGGCUCGCCAUUCUGCGCACCUAUGCCUCAGAGCUCCAUCUUGGUGGCGCUCCCAGCGACAAGGUCCCGCUUCACCGUGGCGAUACAUACUACCACGACAAAAUCGUGGAAGAAUCAAAAUGGAUCGACAUUCACGUUGUGAAGCCAGGCAAAUUGCAAAUUCCGGAAAAUUUCAGCAUCACAGCACCCAUUUAUGAUCCGAGUCUCGAGGUCGGACCAAACGAGAUGCCAAGAGAGAUGACGAAUCCUCAGACCAGUGCAUUCUGUGAGUUGAUCGGCGUUGAGAACAAGUUCGACGUUGGUGAAGAGGAGAGAGACUUCAGAAUGCAGCAAGGCCCGAGACCAGAAAGCGCAGGGUCGAUAGCAUACCACAGCCGGCCUCGUGGCGGAGGCAGAGGUCGUGGAGGUCAUCGUGGUAAUGGCGGAGGCGGAGGUGGAAGGGGUGGACGCGGAGGCGGCAGGGGCAGAGGACGCCGCUGGUGAACUUGUCAGCGCCAUAGUCUCCCCGGAAACUCAUGAAUGCCGGCGUCCUGGGGGCUCGAUGCCAUGCAGCUGCAUCGAGACAGAGAGAGACCGAGGGAGCGCUGAUUGGGAAAUUGGUGCGCGCUUGCGUACAAUGUUCGACGAUGAUACCAAAGGAGAAUGACAGCAUUGUGAGGAUCGACGAUGCAUCGACGCAGUGGACUACGCACUGGUCUAGUGAGGCUAUUGAGCUUAACAGAGCCAUCUCAUUGCCAUGACAUGUGGGAAAGGGAGCACUCUUCUCAUCAUGUUAUGCAUUGAGAACGUCGCGGCCUCGUCAUUAUUGUACAGCAGUUGCUCUUGUAGCACUAGCUGCAGGACGUUUGUCCAAUCU